AUGGCGGCUGGCUCGGUGUUUCACGUGGCGAUCCUCGCCACCGUCCUCCUGGUCCCCUUCCUCGGCCCGCCGGCGGUGGAGGCGCAGCUGGGGCAGGUGAAGAAGUACUGCGCCAGCCAGUUCGCCAUCGCCAGCCAGGCCUGCGCCAUCCUCCCGCCCACCAGCCCGGAGCAUCACCACCAUGACGACGACGACGAUGAUGAGGAUGACGAAGAUGAGGAUGAAGAUGAAGACGACGAUGACAAGGACGACGAUGACAAGGGCGACGAUGACAAGGGCGACGAUGAUGACGACGACAAGGGGGGCGGCGGCGGAGGAGGAGGCGGCGGUCUUUCCGUGGCCGUCUCCCAUCGCAACGGAACCGCCGUCCGCGCCGGCGGCAGACGCUCCCGGGGCGGCCGUCGCAGGCGCCGUCACCGCCGUCACCGCCGUCGCCGCCGCCACCGCGUGCGCGGGGACGACGAGGACGAGGACGAGGACGACGACGACCAGGACGACGACAAGGAUGACGAUGACAAGGACGACGACGACGACGACAAGGACGACGAUGAUGAGGAGGAUGACGACGACGACGACGAUGAUGAUGACGACGACGACGACGAGCACGACGACGAGCACCGCGCGUACAGGGACUGCUGCCGUUGGCUGAAGGAGGUGGAGCCCGGGUGCGUGUGCGAUACGCUGCUCCGCCUGCCCAUGUUCCUCGUCAAGCCGCAGCACAAGUACACCGUCAGGGUCGGCCAUUCCUGCAAGAUCACCUACAGGUGCGGCGGCGGCCGCGCCUUCUAG